AUGCCAGCGCCAUACAGGUUCGAGACAACAGCCGAAGAGGUGAUUUCCGACCUGAAAGCCUCCAUCGCCGGGAAAGUCAUCCUGACGACAGGCGUGUCGCCCGGUGGGCUAGGAGCCUACUUCGUCGAACACAUCGCCGUGGCACAGCCCAAGCUGCUGAUCCUCGCAGGACGGAACAAAUCCAAGGGAGAAGCGACCGCGAAGAAGAUCGCCGAGAUCACGAACGGCAGCGUGGAGACGAGGAUCCUCGAGCUCGAUCUUGGCUCGCUGGCGAAGGUCCGUGAGGCAGCCGCCGUGGUCAAUGAUUACCAGGAGUCGAUUGAUGUUCUGGUCAACAAUGCCGGCAUCAUGGCGACGGAGUAUGCCACGACAGCGGACGGGUUUGAGAAUCAGUUCGGCACGAAUCACGUCGCGCCGUGGCUGUUUACGAAUUUGAUUAUGGACAAGAUUCUGGCGUCGCCGGCGCCCAGGAUUGUCAAUAUCUCCAGUGAUGGGUUCAGGAUGAGUCCCAUUCGGUUCCAUGAUGUUGGUUUCAAGGAGGGCAAGACAUACAACAAAUGGCGCGCGUACGGACAAGCGAAGACCGCCAACAUGCUGAUGGCGAUGUCAUUGGCCGAGAAGCUCGGCGACAAGGGAUUGGUGGCGCUGAGCCUUCAUCCAGGCGUGAUUAUCACCAACCUUGGAACUCACCUGGACUGGGAGAAGGAUUUCGCUGGUAUGAAUGCGUUGGACAAGGUACUUGGAAACUACCAGGGUGACUGGACCGAGUUCCCCGUGAAGACGCCCAGUCAAGGCGUCGCAACACACAUUCGAGCGGCUUUCGACCCAAGUCUGAAAGAAUAUAACGGCAGGUUUCUGUCGGACGUGGAACCCGCCGACCUGGAUGAACUACAGGCCUAUGCUAUUAGCUCCCGUGACGCAAAGAAGCUGUGGAAGUUGACCGAGGAGCUUGUGGGCCAGAUAUUCGAGUAUCAAUAA